AUGCACACAACGGAAGUGCACCCGUCACCACAACGUCCUCUUCGCAUCGACGGAGAUGUGAUGGAGUGGGAAUCAAAUCAACUCAUAUUGUUUCUGAGAGCAACGUUUCCCGAUUUAAGUGAUGUGACAGGCGUGCUUGAGAAAGAGCACAUUGAUGGAGCCCACUUGCUCCUGAUGACGCAGCAGGAUUGCAUAGAUUCUUUGGGCUUGAAUUUGGGUCCUGCGCUACGAUUAUAUGAAGUGAUACAGGCACGUUUUCACGCAUAG